AUGACUCUGUCUGAUUUCGACAAAAUUUACAUUACCAUGGCAAACACAAAACAACCCGAUUUGAAAGAACCUGGUCCGUCCGACAAUCAAUUGUUUGAUUUCAAGAAAUCACACAAACCGGAACAAUUAACAACUGGUUAUGGCCGUCCACUCGGUGAACGAUCUACGGUAAUGACAGUGGGUCCACGCGGUCCAAUUUUGCUGUCUGAUUUUCCAUACAUCGAAGAUGUUCAACGAUUCGAUCGUGAACGCAUACCCGAACGAGUUGUACAUGCGAAAGGUGGUGGCGCUUUUGGUGUUUUCGAAGCAACUGAUGACUUAUCGGAUAUUUGCAAGGCUAAAGUAUUCAAAAAAGGAACGAAAACACGUGUCUUGAUGCGUUUUUCGACCGUUGCUGGUGAAAGUGGUUCUGCUGAUACCGUACGUGAUCCACGUGGUUUCGCCAUCAAAAUGUAUACAGAUGAAGGUAUUUGGGAUUUAGUCGGAAAUAACACACCCAUCUUUUUCCUUCGGGAUCCAUUUCUAUUUCAAAUGUUUAUCCAUUCUCAAAAACGAAAUCCACAAACACACUUAAAAGAUCCAAAUAUGGUUUGGGACUUCUUUGCUAAUCAUCCAAUGGCGACCCACCAAUUCAUGUUCUUGUAUUCCGAGCGGGGUUUACCCGACGGUUUUCGUCAUAUGCAUGGCUAUGGUUCCCAUACCUUCAAAAUGGUUAAUGAUAGAAAUGAAUUCGUUUGGGUGAAAUUUCAUAUGCGAACUGAUCAAGGUAUUAAAAAUCUUGAUCCGACAAAAGCGAAAAUCCUAGCUGGAGAACAACCGGAUUAUGCUCUGGCUGAUCUUUACAAUGCGAUCGCCAAAAAAGAAUAUCCAAGUUGGACUGUCUAUGUUCAAGUUGUAACACACGAACAAGCGAAAAAUCUUCCAUUCAAUCCAUUUGAUUUAACCAAAGUAUUUUCGCAAAAACAAUUUCCAUUACGUCGCGUUGGCAAGAUUACUUUGAAUGAAAAUGCCGAGAACUACUUUGCACAAAUUGAACAAGCUGCUUUUUCACCGGCUCAUAUGCCACCUGGCAUUGAAGCAUCACCCGACAAAAUGUUACAGGGUCGAUUAUUUUCCUAUGCUGAUACGCACUUACAUCGUGUUGGAACUAACCAUCAUCUUAUUCCAGUAAACAAUCCUGAAACAAACAAAAACGUUAAAGUUUGCAUGUAUCAACGAGAUGGUGCUAUGCAAACCGGUCAUAAUCAAGGUAGCGCGCCCAAUUAUUACCGCAAUACAUUUAAUGGUCCUGAUGUAACUGAUCGCAACAAACAUCUUGAACACGCCACAUUCGAAUCGGGUAUGGCAGCUCGACAUGAAGCAAGUGAUGACGACAAUUACUCUCAACCACGAGUCUUUUAUCAAAAAGUCUUGGAUGAACGUGGCCGUGCUCAUAUGAUCGACAACAUUGCUGAACAUUUACAACAAUGUACCGACCAAGAUAUUGUUCGCCGUUCGAUUGCUAUCUUUGCCAAUGUUGACGACGAUUUAGGACGACGCUUGGCACAAAAACUUAACAUUGACACAUCUAAAAAAACAUCGCCAACAACAACAGUUAGAUCGAAAUAUUAG